CUCAUAUUUACUGUCAGGCAGGCACUGAUACUUCGUUGAGGUUUUGAAUCAAUCGAGUUGCGCUUUGAGGGAGGAAUCCGGCGCCUCUUUGGCGUUUGAAUAUUCCGCCAGCAAGUUUGGUGAUGGCUGCAUCGGUUUGAUCUAGGCAACAAGUCCUUUGGAGCUCACUGUCAAACAUCUCCUUAUACCCAUCCCCGGCCAAGAAUGCAGCCGUAUCGGAGCACAGUACUUUACGAGUCUGUACCACCUCUCGUUGGAGUGCAUCGCUUCGACACACUUCAGCAGAUACUCGAAUCAUCGAAGAGCUGUGCGUUCUUGAAGUCCUCACAGCUCUUAUGCGCGUUGGAUAGAAGGAUAGAGGUGACACGACUGGAGAUAGGAUUACUGCACGGGGUUGCUGAUCAUCCGCACCAAGCACUGACAUCCCUUCUGCUGGUUAUUCACUGCAGCUUCCGUCGAUCGCUUCGCACUGUUACGCGUUGCGGAACUGCUUCGCAUUAUACCUCAUCUGGUUGGCAUACUUUGCUUCUUUCCCACCUUAAGUUUCCCUGCGACAAGAACUGCUUCCUUUCCUGCUUCGUUCUGGAAGAGAUGCCGAACGUGGAGAUCUUCGAGCGGUCUCUGCGCAGGUGUCUCCAGCCUAGACGAUCUGAGCCCUGUCAUAGGGUUCCUGCUAUCUCGACACUGACUGUUCAUCUCUGAACUGAUUAUUACCUUUCUUGGACAACGCGACAGCUCACAGUAUCUCAUAUACCGACACCGAUGAAAGCCCAGACGCCGUGAUUGAUAGUAUGAUCGGCGAGUACGGGCCAAAGAACUUCUGCGGCUUCUGCUG